UGCUCUCGGCGCGGCCCCGCGCGCCCCGGGCGGCGGCCAUGAAUUUCUCCGAGGUGUUCAAGCUCUCCGGCCUGCUCUGCAAGUUCUCCCCCGACGGCAAGUACCUGGCUUCCUGCGUCCAGUACCGACUGGUGGUCCGGGAUGCGCACUCCCUGCAGAUCCUGCAGCUGUACACGUGCCUGGACCAGAUCCAGCAUGUCGAGUGGUCGGCCGACUCCCUCUUCAUCCUGUGUGCCAUGUACAGACGGGGGCUCGUCCAGGUGUGGUCCCUGGAGCAGCCCGAGUGGCACUGCAAAAUCGACGAAGGCUCCGCGGGGCUGGUGGCUUCCUGCUGGAGCCCGGACGGCCGGCACAUCCUCAACACCACGGAGUUCCACCUGCGGAUCACCGUGUGGUCCUUGUGCACCAAGUCCGUGUCCUACAUCAAGUACCCCAAGUCCUGCCAGCAGGGGCUGGCCUUCACGCGGGACGGCCGCUACCUGGCCCUGGCCGAGCGGCGGGACUGCCGGGACUACGUGAGCAUCUUCGUCUGCAGCGACUGGCAGCUGCUGAGGCACUUUGACACGGACACCCAGGACCUGGCCGGGAUCGAGUGGGCCCCCAACGGCUGCGUGCUGGCGGCCUGGGACAGCUGUCUGGAGUACAAGAUCCUGCUGUACUCCCUGGACGGCCGGCUGCUGUCCGCGUUCUCCGCUUACGAGUGGUCGCUGGGCAUCAAGGCCGUGGCCUGGAGCCCCAGCAGUCAGUUCCUGGCGGUGGGGAGCUAUGACGGGAAGGUGCGCAUCCUUAACCACGUGACCUGGAAGAUGCUCACGGAGUUCGGGCACCCCGCCGCCGUCACUGACCCCAAAGUCGUGGUGUACCGGGAGGCUGAGAAGAGCCCGCGGCUGGCGCUGGGCCGCCACCCCUUCCCGCCGCCCCGGGUCGCCGCGGGCCCCCGCUCCUCGGCCGAGAGCAAGUUUGAGAUCGCCUCGAUACCAGUGUCCCUGCAGGCCCUGAAGCCCGUGACUGACAGGGCGAACCCUAAAAUUGGCAUUGGCGCACUGGCCUUCAGUCCCGACAACUGCUUCCUGGCGACGAGGAACGACAAUGUGCCCAACGCCGUCUGGAUCUGGGACGUGCGGAAGCUGAGGCUGUCCGUGGUGCUGGAGCAGCGGGCCCCCGUGCGCGCCUUCCAGUGGGACCCGCAGCGGCCCCGGCUGGCCGUCUGCACGGCGGGCAGCAAGGUGUACCUGUGGUCGCCCGCCGGCUGCCUGUCGGUGCAGGUGCCCGGGGAAGGUGACUUCCAGGUGCUGUCUCUGUGCUGGCAGUGCCGCGGGGACGCGCUGGCCCUCCUCAGCAGGGACCACUUCUGCCUGUGCUUCCUGGAGCUGGAGGAGGGGGUCCGCGCGGCCUUGGGGCAGCUGGGGGACCACAUGUAGGUGCUGUGCACCGCCAGGACCUCUGGGCGGGGGUCGCUGCCCGGGCCUGCUCCACGCGGAACCACUUGCUUUUAUUUUUCUAUAUCCAGGGUCUUUGUAAAUAUGUAUGGUAUAAACUGGCUUUUCUUAUUUAAAAUAAAUGAUAAUUUAUGAAAUGGUUGAUGCUUAUUUUUUUGGAGCAAUUUCAGUCACAGGGAGGUUUUCUGGAUUGGUUUUAAGUUGUUAGGUUCACUGUUUUAGGGACUCGGUGAGCCC